AUCCAACACCGAUAGCUGUUCGGGUUCGAUCAGAAUCACAAAUCUUGGUGCGCGCUUCGCUGCUUCUCCUCGGCGAGGCUUCUUCUUCCCCCCCCCUCCCCCACCUCCCAUUGCUAUAUUUGCCCCCACGCCUCUCGAGCCAGUGCAAACGGACGAAGUGUCCACUCUGACCGCAUCCGAAUCGCAAGAUUCAGGAGAGCGGAUCUGCCAUGCCGUUCACACCUUUCAUUCCUUCGGGGCCUACAGCUGCCUCUUCCAGACCUGUGCAUCACUCUGAGCCCUCACAGGCCAAGCAGACUGAAGAGGCGUCAUCGCAGACCGCACACGAGGCAAGCUCAAGCUCGUCCGCCUUGCAGCGGGACCCAUCAGCUAUUCAGGCGAUACCUAGGAGCGCCGUGCACCAAAUCACCAGCGGUCAGGUGGUCCUGGAUUUGCAAGGUGCUCUCAAAGAGCUCAUCGAGAAUGCGCUUGACGCUGGGGCGACCAACAUAGAGGUCCGCUUCAAGGACUAUGGCGGGGAUAGCAUAGAGGUGAUUGACAACGGCAGCGGUAUUGAUCCCACCAACUAUGAGGGCGUCGGACUGAAGCACUACACGAGCAAGCUGGACUCCUUCGACGACUUGACCAGCGUAUCGACAUUUGGGUUCAGAGGAGAAGCCAUCUCGAGCCUGUGUGCUUUGGCCAAGGUGCAGUUCCUCACCGCCACGAAGGAAACGGCACCCGUCGGAACAGUGCUUGAGCUGGGUGCCGACGGCUCUUUGAGGGACAAGAGAGGCAAGAGUGCGCGUCAGCGCGGCACGACUGUCAUCGUCCAGGAUCUGUUCGCCUCUCUUCCCGUCAGACGGCGCGAAUUCGAGAGGAACCUCAAGCGGGAAUACGCCAAGGCCCAAAGUGUUCUGCAAGCCUACGCGCUGAUCAGCAAAGGUGCGAGGUGGAGCGUCAGUAACACGCCAAAGGGAGGUCGCAAGACUCCAGUCCUCUCUUUGCAGUCACCCGUAGGACCUGGCUACAUGCUCAGCAACGUGAGCACGCUCUUCGGGGCAAAGACAGCUCAGACUCUCAUGCCCAUGAACCUUGAACUACAAACAAGUGGCUGUAGGCGCUCCCCUCGAAGGUUAAGGGCUGCCCAAACAUGCAGAGUGCGCAAACGGAGACGCGUGAGCAGAGCCGACAGCGACGCUGUCAAUGGGCCUUGUUCAGGCUCUGAAGCUGCUGACAGUGAGACGGACGAGGAAGACGAUAGUCAGGAACGACGAGAUGAGGACUCCGAAGGCGACAGUCCCUCCGUCAUUAGGGUCGCGGGCUUGAUUUCGAAGCCGCAAAUAGGCCACGGCCGAGCUUCGACGGAUCGUCAAAAUCUUUAUCUCAAUGGCCGGCCCUGGGAUAAUGCACGCAUUAUACGAGCGUUCAAUGAGGUCUAUCGGUCGUUCAACACCAAUCAAAGCCCGCUUUUGGUUGCCAACUUUGAAGUGCCUGGUUCUCGAUACGACGUCAAUGUCAGCCCCGACAAACGGACUCUGCUGAUACACGACGAGACCCUCGUAACAGAGCAAUUGAAGACUCAACUCGAGGCGGCAUUUGCACCCUUUCGAGGGAGCUUCAUGGUCUCGGACCUCGGCCCGGCUGCCAGCAAAGUACCCACGAAGCAAUCGCAAAUCAGCUUCGAAGCGCUCAACUCAAGCGUCGAGGACUAUUCGAGAGGGGACACGCGCGCAGAGGUCGCUGAUUGCGCUUCACAAGAAUCCGGCACGACAGCCUCGCCUAUGCGCACGUCGAGUGACAUGGACGAGCUACUCAGCUCACCAGCUGCCGAAUCAGAAGGAUCAACAAUGAGAACUCAAGACUCUUCUCCGCGUUUGGUCGAGCGAACUCUUGCCGCGCAGGGCCAAGCGGAUGGAAUCAAUGCGGAUCAUGUGAUCGAGCGCGAGGCAGAAAGCGCUGCUGCUUUCCCGCAAUCUGCGAGGCCCAGCACAAGCUCGCAAGUGCUGACACCACCUGCAGACUCCCUUCUCGAAGCGACCGGCAAGCUCUCAACACAGCAUGACCGCAUUGUGCCAGGGACCAGGAUGGAACACCUUCCCCGUCUUACUGCUCCAUCUGUCUCGGCGGCGUUGGCGAACGGGGACGACUCACCUUCUGGUGUACGAAGCAUCGACCUUCCCACCCAUUCCGCUUCACGAGCUUCGCAUAUUUCCAAAUUUGGCAGCUCGAGCUUCAAGCUUGACUUGCGCAGCACGCUGGCAAAGUACGCUCCGCCAGGCUCGAUGGGGGAUCUUAGCGCGGAGCCUUUGCAAGACCCGGACGCGCUUGAGCACCAUGAAAGCUCGCCAGCGAGCGAGAUGCUCGAAGACCCUCCAAUGCCAGCCAGCGGCUCUGAAGCACCCGAGGACGAAGAGGGGAUGACAGACAACUUGGUCGAGGAUGAGGAUGCUGAGCGGAACCUUCACUUGGACAAUCUUGACGAUGGCGCGUCUAGUCUGACUGACUUUGACAAGUCUUUGCAAGCUCGAUCUUACCGCGACGAAAUUUUGAGCUUCAUCAAUGCCAGCGAAAGUCUGCUUAGCCUCGAUAUGGGCGAUCUCGAGAGCCGAAUUCGGGCGGCGGCUUUCCCGGGCGAAGGAGAGGCAAAAUCUGCCCGCUCGUCCACCCAAGCUCAGCAGCAGAAAGAUGCAGAUCAGCAGGAUUCCAUUCGGGGAGCAGGGGUCAGCGCGCAAGAUGGAGCAGCAGUGGAGCGCGAGCUCAGUCGUGUCAUCAACAAAGCUGAUUUUAAAGACAUGCAAGUUGCAGGGCAAUUCAAUCUCGGAUUCAUCAUUGCUCGUAGACGAACACACGCUGGCGAAUUAGCCAAGGCGAUGGACGAUCUUUUCAUUGUGGACCAGCAUGCAUCUGACGAGAAGUACAACUUCGAGACCUUGCAGCGUGAGACGCGAAUAAGAGGCCAGCGUCUCAUAAGUCCGCGAGUACUCGAGCUCUCUCCCGCUGAUGAAUUGGUCGCCGCCGAACACAUCGAGGCGAUCCAACUGAACGGUUUUGAGCUCCAGUUCGACGAGGGCGCCUUGCCUGGCACCCGCCUCAGAUUGAUCUCACAGCCCGUCAGCAAGGGUACUGUGUUUGGUGUAGCAGAUCUCGAGGAGCUCAUUCACCUGCUAUCAGACACGGUGCCCGGAGGCAGCGCUUCUCGCAGCGUGCGCUGCUCGAAAGCUCGUGCAAUGUUUGCCAGCAGAGCUUGUCGGAAGAGCGUCAUGAUUGGAAAAGCAUUGAACCAGAGACAAAUGUCAAACAUCCUCCUACACUUCAGCGAGAUCGAGCAACCCUGGAAUUGCCCUCACGGCAGACCUACGAUGAGGCACCUUGCAGACUUGAAGCACGUCAGAGUCGCUUCAAGUGGGGUGGAGGGGCACAAACGUUUUGCGAGAAGACCCGUAGACUGGUCUCGCCUAGGAAAGAUCUAAGUGAAUGAUGCAACACGAAGGCCUUUUGCCAUAUCUAUUGCAUGCACAUUUUCACCAUCUUGUGUCGGAUGAUUCGAUCGGCCAGCCAACCAGCCGUGCUGCACUAAGCG